GAAAAUAAUACAUUUGGAAUGUUUAUUUAAAUGUCUAAGAAGAUUAGAUACAUUAUUUUGGUGAUAUUAACAAAUAUAAUGAUGAAAUGAUGAGGAAGAUAAAGGUUUUGUAAUUUAAAUUGAAAUUAGGAUUGAAAUCAAUUUUAUUAUCACUUAUGUGAUUUUUGAGAUUAUAUAUGAAAAAUAGAUAAAGAAAGAGAAGGAAGUGGGGAUCAUAUUUUAAAAAUAUACUUGGAUCCUACCAAUUUAUUUGGAAAUUCUUAAAAAAAAAUAAAUAAAUAAAAUUUACGGACAGAAAAUUUUAUCAUUUCUGAA